ACUGCAGGCUCAUUCUGUGAGCCCAUCAACACAGGUCCCAGGCGGCCCCGCUUCCCAGGACUCCGGUGGGAGAGCCCUUGGCCUUUCUGGUUGUGCUCUUGGAGGUGCAGGCGCUGGUGUGAGCUGGAGUUGGCCUGCUCUUCUGGAACCUUCAGAGUCGCUGUGCUGGUUCUUCUUUGGCCACCUGCCCUUCCUCUUUGAUGCAAGCAGGUUCCCUCGCCCAGGACAUCCAGUGCCACCUUGAGGGCUCUUCUGUAUGCCCUGGUCUGCCGUGGCGAGCCAUUACCCUGUGACUCCUUUCCUGCCAAGGAGGCGAUGGUUACAAUUUCAGACCUGGUUAGGGGCCUCACCUCUGUGCUCCUCACUCUCGUCUUCUCUCCCACAGGCAGAAUCUGGACCUCCAGGAAAGAUGCCCCUCUCCUCUUACUGUGGGAUGAGGUCCUGGGUCUGGAUAACACCCGUGCAGGCCACAUCUGGCCCUUCCAGCUACAGAGCACAUACUCUGCAGAGUCCAUGGUGAUGGGACUCUGGAGCUGUGCUGAUCAGGACAGGGUUGCUCCCUUGGUUGUGGUGGGCUCUGUGACUGCUGGUCGUCUGUGACCUGCCUGUAGUGCUAUCCUCCUUCCAGAAUCUGGUAGACAAGCUUGAAUUGACGUCCUAGCUCAGGGUGACGUGGGCGUAUCCUGUGGCUGGGGAGAGGAAAGCAGAGCUGCAUCAGGAGGGAAUUCGCCUUUAGUGGACACAGAAGCAACAGCUCAAUGAGGAAGCCCAUGGACACCUAGUGCACCGCUGCCUUCCACACCAGUGAGAUAGAUACCAGGUUGAGGAGGAGCAAGUGGGUGGGGAAAUCUUCAUGGUGAUGCACACAACAUGGCAAAUUCCUUGUUCCAAACUCCAUCCUGGACCUCACUGUGGGAUCAAGUGUCCACAUGGCCCAAAGGAGAGCCCCUGAAAGAAAGCACCUCAUCGUGGAGAAAUGCUUACCAAUUGGCAGACCCAGGAGUGUCAGAUGGAGAGCGGCAGGGUUAAGUGUCUCUGUUGGAAUUGCCCAUCCUCCUGCCGCAACCUCAAGUCCACAGACCUUACACACCCACAUCUGUCUGUGAUGGGCACUGCUCUACCAACAGAUCCCAGGCCACAGAACUCUCCUGCCCACAACCUCUGUGUCCUAAUGUUAAUCCACAAAGUCUUAGAUAGACAGGAAAUCAAAGCAGCUACUUGUUGGCCUGGUUCAUCACUUGUCCAUCCACAAGUCCAGAGGGCAUGCUUUGAAUCGGAAGUGGUGUCCAAUGUCAUCUGUAGUGUAGCUCUCCUGUUCAUGUUCCUCCAUGCUCUGCCUCUCCACAUAGUUCCUUCCCCUUGUGCUGCUCAGUGGAAUCUCAUCCCUUUCUUCUCUUCACUGUGACCGGGUGUGUGUCGGUGGUCUACUCCUUUCCUGGCUGCUCUUGCCUUGGGGCCAUGGUUUCCUAUCAGCAGUGUGCAUGUCAUGCAUGCAUGCGGGGAGCAAAGCCCACAUCUGUCUGACCCUCAAAAGAGGCCCACUGUGCUUGCCGAGAAGGACCACGGUCUUUGAAGGACCACAACACGGAAGAACCAGGAAGGGCUCAUGUGCCACAGCUGCUCACCAUUCGUGCCAGGGUGCUGGUGGCUCCUGUCAUUACCAGGCACAGUGAGGCAGAACACUGUGGACUCUGAGCUCCUGACACAGCUUCCUAAGGACAAACUGCUCUUCUUGGGGACUCCCAAAAAGUUACCCCACAUCCCUUCUGUGAGUGAGGGCCCACCGAGCUCUCCCUUAGCGACUUCAGUCCUUAUCCAUAGGAGUUCCCAACUGUACAGAAAUAUGGGAGGCAAAUGAUAUUCUCAUCAUUACCUCAAUCCUCCCCUUCCCACUCUCUGCAUCCAUAAACACCCAUCGGUACAUUAAAGCUCCCUAUUCACUGUGCAAAUGUGCAGUGCCCCUUCUGCCGUAUUCCCAUUCAAGACUUUCUGACUUCAAAUCGGAUGUCACAGUGCACAAAGUGGCUAUCUACAUAAAGGAGUCUAGGUCUGUCCAGGCCACACCUGCUCGGUGAUGCAAUACCAAAUGUGUACUGUGGAGGUCUGGGGCCCAAUUUCGGGAUCACCCAUAGUAAUCCUUCCUCUGAGGAAUCUGUGUGAUCCUCUGAUCCAGCCCCCUUGGAGUCCUGGGUCACAGCUGUCUCCUGAGGAAAACAUAGGUGCCUCGGUGACUUGCGGCUGCCUUCUGCUGGACCUUCUUCUCACACGCCCUCCAGCAAGGCUGAACGAGCACCAUUAAGCUCAACUAUGCCCCCAUAUCCAGGCACCACGCUUCAGGCACGAGAGAGCCCACCCCUCACUCGCUGCCCUUAGAAACCACAGAUGCCCUAGUUACACUUACAGAAUGCAAGCUUUCCACCCCAGGCAGGCCUGCAUGCGCCUCUGCUUGCCUCAAGCAUGAUGUCCUCAGCCUCACACACUUCCUGAGUUAGAAAGCAUCCCUGGGAAUACCAAGUAUGUGUUCAAGCCCACAAGCCCAAGGCAUCCAUGCAGCAUCUGUAACCCGGUCAUAAAGAAAAGUGUCUGCAUUCAUAUCAGGCCGCACUCUCCCCAGUGUGUGUAUCCCAUCUGUCACGCCUAUUGCUCCAGGGCAUAGAAAAGUCCUUACAUUUUCUACAGCCUGCUUAAAUAUUGUCAGUAUUGCCUUCUGCCUCCAUCGUUUCAGGCAUCUCCUCCAGUGCACUACCUUCAACAGUUACCUUUCCGAUGAAAACAGCACUAUCUUACCCAGAGGUGAAUGGAGAAGUGUGCAAGAUGGAAUCCUGAAAUCUCCAUCUCAGCACAUGCCUUGGCCCCGUGCCUGAAGGCCUUCUAUCAAGAACUUGCACGCAAUCCCCGUGUUCCAGGUUUAUUCAUAUGUUCUCCAGAUGGGAACUUCCAGAUGGCUUCCCUCCCUGUGGCAGUAAGACAGACAGACGGGGGACAGUCUGAUGAGAGGGUGCAAGAAGGGUACAACGAAUAUUGCUCGCUCACAGGGGCAGAGAUACCCAGAGAGAUCCACAUGAUGUGCUGGCGGGUCAGAGAGAAACCCCAGCUGCUCAUCCUGUAAGGCCCAGCUAGCUGAUGCUUAACCCAACCGUGAGUGGAGUAAAGACUCAGGCCCUGACACAAACUAAUAGCUGUCGAGGGAACAAACUCUGCCCCUUCCUCAGACGUUCAUACCACACUGGUUUUACCUCAGUCUGCCCAGUUUCGAUUAGUGACCUGUUUAGAGGCAGCCCUCUUUUGGAGGCAUGUCUUGUCAGGUCUCCAGUCUCUUCAUCCCUCCAAGGGAAAUGGCAGUCCUCACCCCCCUCCCCGUUUACCUACUCUCUCUCUCUCUCUCUCUCUCUCUCUGUCUCUCUCUCUCAGACAACACAAGCCACAACUAUCUCGGGUAAGGUGCUGUCACACGAACACGGUCAGGAGCCCAUGUGACAAUCAUAGCCAAACAGAGACGAGGCAUCCAUUUACGUGGGUUGGUGAUCUAUGCUUUCAGGGCCUGAAACGAUGAAGCUGGCACCAAAGAGGUGUCACCUGAGGACAAAGAGACAGGGCUGGCUGAGCAGCCAGUCCUUGGGGCUUCGCUUCAAAGAGUAGUAGUGAGAACCUCUCCUGUCCCAUGAAAGAGCAAGCACGCUCCCGAGGCACACUCACAGGCUCAGCUCCCACUCAGUCAGGCUGGCUGCAGGCACCUACCUACGCGCUUUGCAUGUCUGUCUAGUGAUUCCACCUCUCCAGUCUGAGUAUCCUUCGCAAAUGUAUCUGUAACCAGGAAAGAAUGGCUUGUCCCCGUUGUCAUGGCAACCACAGUGUCAUCGGAAAAACGUUCUCUCCUAGUAGCCAGUUCUCUGUGGAAAUCAGGAAGUAGUAAUCCACCCAGGAGGCUGACUGUUCACUUACAUCCCUGUCACCUAGUCGUCCCCACCCCCACCUCUGCCAAUCCCCUGCAGCUGCAUGCAUGAAAGAAAAUAAGCACGCACACACAUACUACAGAAGGUGAUGCUGCCAUUCCAGGGCCCAGGGGGUCUUCGUGCAGGGGCUUUGACCACAGAGGGUCUGAGACAAGGCAAGACAGGAGAUGACGGGCUCCUUUCUGCCUUCUAAUAUAAUAAGAUGACGUGGGGGCCAGAUGUCAGAAGAUCACCCUUACACCUGUCAGAAUUCUGAAGCCAGGCAGAUUGUUUCUCCAGAUGUAAAUAAGUGUUUGGGCAGAAAAUAUGGAGGACCGUAGACCUGCAGGAAUUCAAGUGGCAACACCAUGCCCCCCCCAAAAAAAAAACCCUCUCUAAUCCCAAGCAGGAAGGAGAGAGAGCAAACUUCAAAUUGCAGGAGGCUUUGGAAACCUCAAAACCCACCCACAGUGGCAUAUUUCCUCCCUCAGUGCCACACUCCCAACAAACCCAAACAGUGCCAUCUAUUAGGAAACGAGUAUUCGAAAGCCUCAGGCUGUGGAGGCUAUCUCAUUCAAAUCAACACACACACACACACACACACACACACACACACACACACACACACACACACACAUACACAGAGACACAAACACACAGACACACACACACACAAACACACAGAGACAGAGACAGAGAGACAGAGAGACAGCGACACAGAGAGAGGAAACUGUGUUCCUUUUAGCUGCCUCAAGGCAUGCCUACUACUUCAUGCACCCUUCCCUGCAUCUAGUAGGAUGUUUUCUCAUCCAAUUAGAUGACACCAUUUUGGAAAGUUCGCCUCUUCAGGGUUUUUCUACUUUGCUCACAGCACAUACAUGGGACAUUACAGAACAUGCUUUUUGCCUGACCCAUUUCACUUAUAAUACUCCCGACGUUCAUGGGGCGGGGGGCAGUGCAUUCCUCUCAGGGCUGGGUAAGUAUUGUGUUGUGCUCAUGUGCUAUGCUCUGUGUAUCUCUUUAUUAUGAGAGAGUAAUUUGGGACUUUCCCACUGUGACCAGGGCUGCCACGAGCUUUUGUGUACCUAUAUUUUCUCAAAUGCUUCUAUUCAGGGGACCGGCCCAUACCAAGUGGUGGAAUGACUGUGUGAUGGGCUGAUGUAACUUUACCCAUUUUGAUGAACACAAAGGUACUCCCCUCAGUAGAUACAGCAUUGCAAAUCCCCACAGCAGCAAGGACUUGGGAUUCUUCCUAUGGGUAACAGUGGUUCUUAACUUCCUUCCUAAAUAGUCAAGUAACUAUCUCUCUCUCUCUCUCUCUCUCUCUCUCUCUCUCUCUCUCUGUGUGUGUGUGUGUGUGUGUGUGUGUGUGUGUGUGUGUCUGUGUGUGUCUGUGUGUGCGUGUGCGUGUGUGCGCAUGCACAGGUAGGGUCGAGUUAACUGCUGUCAUUGUUUGUUUCCUGCAUUCCCUAAGGUCAGAUUCACAUGUGCCACCACAGACAUGAGUCAAGCCUGAACCACUACAAGCCCCAAGUUACACUCGCAUGAUUGCUGGAUGGGUGUCCCUUAGGGGCACCUUCAGCUAGUGUCAUGCAUGCUUGCCUGUUUCUCUAGAGAGGCCAGCACUGUUAGUUUCCAGAAGUGAGGACUAACCCUGGAAAAGGAGGGUCUCUGGUGACUGUCAGGAAGCAUGUCUAUAGGUCUAUACUUGUACAUGUUGAAGCAUUGCAAGCAGGGAGCAGAGGUGUUCCUGGCACUCUCAGCCCUCCCUAGGAGUCCUGCCCAGCCCAGCGCAGCCCAGCAAGGCCCCAAGCCAUGUCAACCAAGGACCAGAAAGACAUGGAGAGACGUGCCAAGCGCCCAAGGGUUGAUCAGAAUCUCCCAUCAGAUGACUCCCAGAACCCGGAUGCAAUCACACCCGCAAAGGAUCCAGCAGUUGAUACCAGUGAGAUGGGCAGCUGUUCCUCAGGAUCAGAUGUGCAAGAGGCCAGGAAGCCUGUUCAGAAGAGGAUACAGGAUUUCAAAGGUGGCAUUACCCAGUCCCUUCUGGCGAAGAGGAAGCAGUUUGGAAAGGAUAUAAAUGCCUCUUUCAGAAGCCUGAACGAAAACCUCCAGAGUAUUUUCAAAACCCAGAAGAAGUCACGGCAGGAACUUCACUCCAUCCACUCACAGAUGUUUGAGUCCCUGUAUCAGAAGUGGCUGGACGAGGUGGGGAGAACAAGGGAGCAAGAAGAACACCUCAACCUUACAGCUCAGCAACAGAUGAAGAUUUUACAGAAAGCUAUAGAGGAUCAUGAAACCAAGAUGGAAAACGCUAAAGAUUUAUGCAACACAUUUGUGAAG